AUGCUAGGAAUAGGUAAAUAAUCUCGUAAAUUUAAUUUGCUCCUUCUUGAGGAGGGAGAGCAAUAUAUAAAAGACUUUACUGGAACUGUUCGUUUUUUUGACUUUGUUUCUGAGGAAUACAGAAGUUUGAUUGUUGAAAUUGAAAAUGAUAGUCAGCAGCCUAUUUUAAAGUAUCUUUUUAAGUUCUUUGCUCAUGAACCUUAACUGUUCUUGAAUAAGUUGGUUGAAGUCCCCGCAUCAAAUAUUGUUAAGCCUUACAAAUAUCACCAGGUUGACCAGGCUUAGAAAGAAUACUAUGAAUUGCAGAUUAAUAUACAGUUCUAAAGCGUCGAAACACUUUACAAAUCAAUAUUCAAGUUGUAUGAACUCUUUAAAACUAAGAACUCAUUCCAUUAUGAACAAGACUUGGAUAAAAUGUUCUUUUAAAAUUCAGAAUUUUUCUCAAAUUCCUCUUUCGACAAAACUAGAAUAAAGUCUAUUAGUGAAAAGACUGUGCUUCACAAGGAAUUCAAAGUAAAACAAGUCAUCCCUAUGGUGUAAAUUGAGGGUCUGCUAUAUCUUACAGAUAAGAGAAUUUACUUCCAGCCAUGCCAUUCAAUAUAUAAAAUACUAACAAACAAAAAUAAGAGUCUUUACGUAAUAUUCUCAAAUGUUGAGGAGAGAGAUGUGUUUUAUCAAGCCUUAAGAAAGAUGGUUAGUGAUUCUUGUGUCACAACUGAGCGAUCAGUUUUAGAUUAUACAUAGCAAUGGGUAAACGGAGGAAUGUCGAAUUAAUAAUAUCUAUUACUUCUAAAUUCUUACGCAUAGAGAAGUUUUCAAGAUAUUACCUAGUAUCCAGUAUUCCCAUGGAUCAUAAAAGACUAUAAAUCAGACAUCCUAGAUUUAAAUGACAUUAAUAUAUACAGAGAUCUUUCAAAACCAAUAGGCGCAUUAAAUGAAAAGAGACUGAAAGAAUUUAUCAUUAGAUAUAAUGAGUGCCCAGAGGGUGAAAAAUAUCUUUAUGGCACUCAUUAUAGUUGUCCAGGCUACGUUAUAGGGUUUCUUGUGAGAUAGCAUCCUUAGUGGAUGAUAAAGUUUCAAGGUGGAAAGUACGACAAUCCCAAUAGACUAUUCAAAGGUAUUAAUAAAGAAUGGGAUAGUGUGAACACUAAUCCAGGAAAUGUUAAGGAACUUAUCCCUGAGUUUUUCAUGGAUAACCCAGAUUUUCUAGUAAAUAAAUAAAAGUUGGAUUUCGGAGUAAGAAGCAAUGGCAAGAGAGUGGAUAAUGCAAAACUUCCAAGCUGGGCACAUUCAGCUGAUGAUUUCCUAAAGAAGAAUAGAGCUGCUCUUGAAAGUGACUACGUGUCAAACAAUAUUCAUCUAUGGAUUGACUUGAUCUUCGGAUGUAAGUAGAAAUCAAUUGAUGAUUUCAAUGUUUUCCAUCCUUUGACAUACGAAGGUCAUGUAGAUUUUGAGAAGCUUUAAGAUCCAGUAUAAAGACUAGCCUAUGAAGUCUAGAUUACAGAAUUUGGCUAGACACCGAGACAGCUAUUCAGAUUGCCCCAUCCUUAGAAAUAUUCAAAGGUUAUCCCAAAAUCCUUAUGUGCUACUCUUGAAUCAAUUCAAUCUACAGCUAACGCCGUUAUGAAAGAUCAUGAAGAAUAAAAACUUGAAGAUAAAUUUAAGUAAAUACUAGAAGAUGAGACUAGAGAGAGUGCAAGUGAAACAUCAUUUCAAACAAAUAAGAACUCAUAGAAAGAAGAUUCAAAGAAGCAAGAAUCAAUACAAACAUCUGACACAAAAUCGUCAGCAUUUAAAGAUCUUUCAAAUUUUAAGUUUCAAACUUACGAUAAAGUUCAUAAGGAUGUGAUCACUUCAAUGCAUCUGAUUAAUGAUGAUGAAAGCAAUAACUAGAAAUUAGUUACAACUUCAAUGGAUGGAUUUAUAAAGAUGAUUGAUGUCAGAGAUGGGUAGACUAAGAAGGCAUUCUUUGUAUGUCAGAGUGGAAUUAACACUGCUACUUCUCUGAGUUCUCAAGAUUCCUUUGCAGAUAAAUUGAUUUCUUGCUCAAGUGACCAGACCCUUAGAAUUUGGGAUCUCAAAGGUUCAAAUUUCUCCUCACCUACUAUCCUCUAUGAUCAUGAAGAGGAAAUAGUAUCAGCUUCUGUUCACUAGAAUUUAUUAGCUUCUAUGGACUUAGAAGGCACAAUCAUUGUUAGGGACAUGAGAAAUCUAGAAGUCAUUACAAACAUCAGACAGAGCAAGCAGUACGAAUCAGGGCAAGUUCUAUUUAAUACAUAGAUGAAAAACGAAAUAAUAGUAUUUUUCAAUAAUGAACUUGAGAUGUACGAUACUGAUGGUAGAUUGAUUCAGAGCAAAGAAUUAGACUUUAAUGUGACUCAUGCUGCUCAAGAUCAAGACUCUGUGGUUCUUACUUAUGAUAAUGGAACUUUGGCGGUGUAUGAUUGGAAUUCUGAUAAAUUAGUUGAUGAAAAGGAAGAUAUUGCCAACAUCAAAUCUCUUGCAAUAAGCUCAGACAAAGUCCCUCAAAAUGAGAAAAUGUUAGCGAUUGGAGGCGACAAAGGAGAUUUAACUCUACUGAGACAAAAAUGA